AUGCCUCGCUCCGUCGCUCGCCUGAGCACCAUCCACGAUGUGGAGCGAGAAGACGCAUCGGAGAUUGAUCAACAAAGCCUUCUCUUCAUGCCACCAACUCCGCUCGAGGGUCCUUCCGCUUCUUCCUCAGCUUACUGGUCAUCGGGGUCCGGCUCCGGCUCUUCAUCCUCUUCAUCCUCCUCUGAUGACAACAACAACGACAACAACAGUGCCCCGUCAUCGCCAUCCGGUUAUUUCCAGAAUGGAAACAAUGACCAGAAACAAAAACGAACCCACUGGACCCCCAUCAUCCUAAUCCAGCUCAUGAUCUUUUUGUCUGCCAUGGGCGUCGUCAUAUCCUUUGCGCCGCGCACGCGCUUGUUCGAAGAUAUCAUUUGCAGGAAAUAUUACGCUAUUCAUAAUGGGACGACGGAGACCACCAGUAUCAGCACAAGUGCCCUCCUCUCCCUGACCACCAACGUGGACUUCGCCAGCCAAGCGCCCUCGGAAUCGCAAUGCAAAAUCGCCCCCGUGCAAGACGCUCUCGCCGAGCUUUUCGGGUGGCAGACCUUCUUCGACGGCAUCCCCGGCCUGUUGCUAGCCAUGUACUACGGCGUGUUAGCCGACAAGAAAGGUCGCAGUCCGGUGUUGUUCCGGUCCUUGCUGGGCCAGGUCUUAGCAGCAGGCUGGGUUCUCUAUAUUGCUUGGCGGUGCUCUUCCGCCUCUGACGCAGGCAUAGUAAGUGACAGCGACACCGAAGAGAUCAUUGGCAGCUGGACAUACCUGCUAUCGCUCAAAGCCACCUGGCUGAGUUCCUACUUCUUGAUCAUCGGCGGCGGAAGCACGGUUACGAGCGCGGUGGGCAUGAUGAUCGUCACGGACGCGACGACGGAGGAGAAUCGCAGUCGCGUCUUCUUCGCUGCGUUGUCGACGCUGAUCACGGCCGAGUUGCUGGGUCCGGCUGCUAGCACGCUCAUGAUGCGGAAGUGGGGGCUUUGGGUUCCUUUGGGGUUUGGGUUUGGGUGCUUGGUUGCGAGUGCGGUGUUGACGGCGACUAUGCCCGAGACGAUGCAUCUCAAGCGGGCUUCUGCUGGGUCUGCAGUGGUUGCUGAUCCGGAGGCGUUGAUGCGCGACGGAGAGGACGAGGACGAGGAGCAGUACGAAGUUGACACGCACGCAUCCGUCGUCAACGGAGUCAACCCAAAGAAGGAUGGAGACGUCAACAAAUCGGCCAUCCAAGUGUACCGCCACGCCGCCCACACGCUCGCCUACAUCUUCCACCACCCCAGCAUCUUGUUUGUGGUUCUCGCCUUUUUGGUGGCCGAUUACUCUCGCGAGUCGCUUGUCAUGCUGAUGCAGUUCGUUUCCACACGGUAUCACAUCCCCAUUGCUCAGGCAAACCUCCUCAACUCCUUCCGCGCCUUCACACAGCUCUUCGUCGUCACGAUCCUCCUUCCAGGCAUCGACUACUUCAUCACCCACCGUCUCCACGUGCCCGCCCUGCGCAAGGACCUAAUCCUAUCUCGCAUCUCCUUCUGCUUCGUCACGGCUUGCUUCGGCGUCCUAGUCUGGGCGCCCUCGCUCCGCUACGUCUUUGUCUCCUUGACCCUCUAUACCCUCGGUUCUGGAUUCUAUCCCUUUGCUCGGAGUUUGCUGGCCAGCUUGGUGGAACCGGACAUGAUUGGGAUCCUGUUCACCACGCUCGCCAUGAUGGAUACUGCGGGUAGCUUGAUGGCUGGACCGGUGGUCGCUUGGAGCUUUGGUUGGAGUUUGGGAUUGGAGGGCUUGUGGAGGGGACUGCCGUAUAUGGUUUCUUGUGUGCUUUGUGCGGUGGCCACGGUCUUCCUGAUCUUUGGUGUUAAGGCCGAGAGGCCUGAUUCGGUUGACGAGGCGGCGGUGGGACGGAAAGGCCCAAAGGGCCAUCCAGCCUUUGAUGGCGCUCAAGGCAACCCUCCCGCCCCCGUUCCCACCACGGAUGUUGCCGCCCUCCGCCAGAACAGCGCUGGUUUCGAGAUGAUCCUCGCCGGCAUCCCCGACUCCCCUGACAUCAUCGAGACCACUUACCAAAUCACUUCCAAGGACGGCACCCCGAUCACCCUGUACCGCUUCACACCGCCGGCGGCGGCGGCCACCCCUGGCCCUCGUGCCGCAGUACUCUACCACCACGGCGGCGGCUAUGUCCAAAACACCGUCGCCCAAUUCACGAAAGAUAUCAAGCGCUAUGCGUAUGGGAGCGGCAUCACCUUCUACGCUGCUGACUAUCGCGUCGCGCCUGAGCACCCUUUCCCUGCUCCCUUUGACGACUGCUACGCCGCCCUGGAAUGGCUCCAUGCCAAUGCCGCUUCGGAGCAGGUUGAUCCGGCACGCAUUGGCCUUUUCGGUGUGAGCGCCGGCGGUGGGCUGGCCGCCGCUGUCGCCCUCAAGGCGCGUGAUGAGGAGGUGUCGCCGCCCAUCAAGAAGCUGGUGCUGGCGUACCCAAUGUUGGACGAUAAGACGUAUUGGCCCGACGAGCAUCCAUUGAACCCGUACUUGAUGUGGACGGGCGCCUUCAACCGGGUUGCGUGGGGCGCGUAUGUGGGCGCGGAUGGCGCGAAGAAGAUCUCGCCAUAUGCUGCGCCGGCAAGGGCAGAGGAUUUGUCAGGACUGCCACCAACGUUCAUUGACUGCGGCGAACUGGACUUGUUCAGAGACGAAGACGUGGAGUUUGGUGCGAGACUGCUCAAGGCUGGCGGCAGUGUCGAGCUGCACUUGUACCCUGGAGUUCCGCAUGCGUUUGAGAUGGUGGCAGUGAAUAUACGGGUCUCGAAGCUUGCGUUCGAGCUCAGAAUUCGGGCGUUGGACAACCUAUGA